UGAUUACUGAGUAGUAAAUAUUAAAUGCUUAUUCAAAAUUCAAAUCAAAAUAUUAUUAAAAUCGAAAGUAUAAUAAUGUAUAUAAAUUUCUUGAAUUUGUUCUAAAUGGUUUGAUUUAUUAAUUAUUUAAUAAUUGUGAAACUUAAAUGAGAAAUAUGAUUUUUACAUUACUCGGUCCGUUUGAUCUAGGAUUGAAAUGAUUAUACAUAAUUGUUAAGCUCUUAUUUACUUAAUUAUUUUUACUUUUUUUAAUUUUCACCUAACAAAUCAAUAUGGAUGUCGAUUUGUUACGACCUGGUAUGAUACCGAUCGCGCCAAAUACAAAACUCUGGUUUGAAUUUCUCAUCGAUCCAUCUCUCCUCGAAGAACAUUUAAACAAACCCCAUGCAGAGCCAAGUUCAACAGAUCUUUUAAUAAAAUUUCUUUAUUCAUCUAUGGAAAGGCCUAAAGAUUUGCCACCAAUUGAUAUUGACGAUCUAAUGGACAACACAAAAAUAGAUAAAAAGAUUGAAUACCGUAAACGAAAAAAAUAUGAAUGUUUAAAAAUAUUAGCGAUGAGAAUCGUUUGUUUCUGGGAAUGGGAUCUUAAUAUUUUGCAAACAAGAGUUCCUAUAAGUUUGCAGAUAAUUUUUGUUCAAGAUCUUCUAGAUUUAGUAUCAAAUGGACUUAAUCUGAUUAACUUUGAGUUGCAUAGUUCCAUUGAAGACUUAUCACAACUCAACGACGAGCAAUUAUUUGCCAUAGCGUUAUUUCAUCGUUGGACUCUGACCGUUAUUAUAAACUAUACACUUUCAAAAAAGACAGCAUUUAAUUUAGGACCUAUACAAGAUGGUAAUGAAGAUGUAUUAUUAAAAUUAGAGAUGCAGAGUGAACUAAGUGAAAAAAUGUUAUUACGUCUUGCUACGUUGAAAAAAACAUCUUAUACAAUUCCAACAAUGGAGACAUUUAUACCUCCUAAUGAAUUGAAUCCCUUAUCGUGCAAUUGGUCUAAGGGUUACACCAUCACUUCAGCUGAAUUUAUAUCGCAAAUUAUGUUCGAUUAUGCGAAGUAUAAAUUCUUUAAAGAGCAAUAUGAAGACGCACAUGUCUAUUUUAUCAAGAGUAAACAACUACAACAGAAUUUAAAACCUAGUCCAUUUUAUAAAAUUAAGCUUGAAGAACUAAAUGGAUUUUGUGCUGCGUGUUCGUCUGAAGUAACAGACAGUACAAGUUUAUUAAUACAGUUUUUAUAUUCUGUUCAAACAAAUUACAACGGAAUACUUAAGAUUUUAAAUGCUGACAACAAGACUAUGGAAAUCCCAAUGAUUUUGCGAGAUUCUUUAGAACUUGAUUUAGCCUCAAUGUUGUCUUUAGGCAAAUUUACUGCUUCCCGCGAUAUGCUUUUUCACAUCCAAACCACAAAUGCAUUCCGAAGAGCUUUUAUAACUUCAGAUGAAAUAGUGUUAUUGCCACCAGACGAUUAUGUUACUAAAAUUAAAAGUAAUUCGCAUGGGCCAGAUUUAUUUCUAAAGGAUUUAAAACUUUACUUUACAAUUAAAGAUGAUAAAUUUAAAAAAAAAGUAAAAAUGUUUGUGUACAAUGUUUUAUUAAAAUGUCCUAAAAGUUUGAUUAACGAUAUAAUAAAAGACGAUAUUAUAUCUAAUUUAUUUAACGAGGAAGAAAUACAACAGCUGUUAAUGGUUCCUGAGGAUGUAACUACAAUGACUAUUAAUAUGACAAAGCGUUUUGAACGUACAAGUUUAACACGGGAUUUAGGUAAUAUAAAAAAACAAAUUACUUUGUUGAAAAACAAAAUAUGUACCACCUGUGAUCCAAGUAUAGUACGCAAUCUGUUGCAGCAAUUGUACAAAAUAGAUAUGGGAUUUAAUAUUUUGGAACUUAACUGUGAAUGGCAGUUGCCUUUACCUAUUCAAACACUUUUAAUGCCAUUGCCAAACGGAGUAUUAAAAUAUUUAAUUGUAACGUUUCUAGCGAAAUCAAAAGAAAUGCUUAAUUUAAACAAUUUUGAUAAAGCCAUUGUGUUUUUACGAGAAGCAGAAAAUGAGAUUAAAGUUGGCAAUAACAUUGUGUAUUCUAAAAUUAAACAACUUAUUUCUUGGGAAGCACUGUAUAUUGAAAUGUUGCAAUUCCAGUACGAGUUUAAACAUUUUGUUAUCGGAGAUCUUGUUGAGCGUUGUAAAUUGUGUUUGGAAACCGUCCAAGGCGAUAUGAUACCUCGUCAAGAUAUCGCCGAACAAUGUGUAUUGACUCUUUUGAAUGUCGGUGAGUGGGAAUAUUUGACGACCAAGCGUUUUAACUGCUUUGAUUUACCUCUAGCAAUCGCUUACACUUGUCUCGAUGUUAGUAAAUUUAAAGGCAAUAAGAAAAGUGCCAAAGAAAUAUGGGAUUUGGUUUUGCCUGCAUUCGACUAUAGUUACGGCAACUCGAAUAAAAGAUCUUUGGAUGUAGAUUCCCAAUGUGGUCAAAGUCAAGUUCUAAGUCAAACAGAUAUUAUGCGUGUAUUUAUGAGUUUAAGAGAUCAAACCGCCAUUCAAAUAGCACUUUCGCUUUUGACAAAAAUACAAAAUAUCAUUAGAGAUGAGUCUUCGACGGAACUUAUAAUGCCUUAUUUAAGUAUUUGGCCAGCUGUACUGAAUGGAAUGAGUAUUCCUUUACGGAAUAUUACAGAAUUUCUUGGAAUUGUGUUAAACGAAACAUUAAAAUAUCAUCCAAAUCACAUAGUUUUAUUAAAACUGAAAGGAGACCUUCAACAUGUAAUGGGUCACUACAGUUCAGCAAUGAAAUGGUACAUGGAAGCAAUAGUAAUUGUCAGCGACUAUUUUGCGAGGCCUAUUUUAAAACCAAUGAUUGAGGAUUAUGUAUUCAAAAGAAUGACAAGAUGUUGUAUGCAAAUGCAAAACUUUACUCAGGCAGCAAUAUUGUGUUUGUUCCAAGAUGAAAUUGAUUAUGCGACUGUGUUUAAGUGCGCAUCAGAAUCAAAUUCGUGUGAUGCUUUAGAUGAAUAUUACGAUUACAUUUGGGAUAUCAACUUGUUAGAAUUUUUAAUAUAUUGGCAUACUAAAUUAAAUCAUCAAGAACACCGACAAAAACUCUUGAAAACGAUUGGCGCGUUAGAAUUAAAUGCAAAUAAUAAUGACGAAAUAAAAAGAGAAGCAGCCAAUAUAAGAAAACUAAAAUUUCUAAGAGCAUUGUCUCAACAAUAUGUACAUCCUUAGUAUAACAAAAAGAAAAUUAACUACCUAUUUUUACAAUUUUAUGAUACACAAUGUAUGUACAUUUUUUAUUAAAUUCACAAUAUUUGUGAAUUGUGUAAUUUUGUUCAUUUAUUAUACAGCAAUAUGUUUUUUAAGUAGUAAAACGUUUAACAAUUACUUUAUGUAAUUAUCAUAUUGAGUCAGGUGCACCAAUAU